GAUGGGCCAGUGAAUCCUGAACGGUACUUAGGCUGGGCCAAUGCCUUCCUAGUGGUCUACAGCAUUGAUAACAAGAAGAGCUUUGAGGGUUGUCUUCAAUACUUGGAGAUAAUCUCUCAGUAUAACAAGGGAGCCAUGCACGAGAGUCCAGUUCUGCUUAUAGGAAACAAGCUUGACAUGGAACGUUACAGACAGGUCAGCAAGGCAGAUGGUUCAGCUCUUGCCUCCCGUCAUGGCUGCCUUUUUCGGGAGGUCUCUGCUUGCCUGGAUUUCCGACUGGUUCAGCAGGUGUUUCACGAUGCUAUACACGAAGUGAGGAGAGAUGCAGACAGAUCUGCUCAUAUGAAACCACCAUUGUACAUCAGCGAGGAGAGGGCUCUGCUUGGCCUGCCUCCCAUGUCCUCCUGUUACAAAGAGAUCCCCUCUGUGGCUCAAGCCAAACUUGUUACCGUGAAGUCAUCUAGAGCCCAAAGCAAACGUAAGGCACCAACGUUGACCCUUCUGAAGGGGUUUAAGAUUUUUUAA